AUGGCGGAAAGCGAUCAAAGUACAGAUUACUCUUCGCCCAGGCGGUAUAUGGAGGACGAGACGGAUAAGCAGAUUUUACAAUGGGCCGGGAAGCUGGAGUUGGAGUCGAUCGAGCUGCGGGACCAGUCGUCGCGGCUGAUCGCGGAGCUGGGCCGCAACUCGCAGCAAUUGCACGCGUCAUGCGAGAGUCUGCGGGCCGUAACGAGCGGUGUGCGCGACUUGACGGCGCCAGACGUGACGGGGAAAUUGCAACGGCUGGGCGACGCGCAACAGCAGCAGACGGCGCGGACAGACGCUGCACUGGCCACCGUGCAGACCACGGUCGAGGGGCUCGCGCGCCAGAUGGAGACGCUGUGCAACGUGGUGCAGCUGGUGUCGCGGGACAUGCAGCAGGUGGCCCAGCGCCAGGCGUGGCUGGAGCAGCGGGUGGGGGCGAUCUCGGAGGCUGCGGGGGCGGCGACGGAGGCCGCAGCUGCGGCAGCAGCGGCGGCUACAAGAGCGGUGGAGACGAGUUCGAGAGUGGUGGAGGAUACGACGAGAGCAGCGGUGGAAGGCGGAUCACGUGCCACUGGGAGUCACGUGAAACCCACGUGCGCGACGUGGCCUCCCGGCCGGGUAACAGAAACAGCUCCCGAUCACUGCACACGGCUCGGGACCCGCGGCCCGUCUCGCUGGAUUAUCCCCUGGGACGAAAUCGGCGCUCCGGACGACGAGACGCCGCCGCUGGCGCGCGAGCUGGCGGAGGCAGCGCUGUCGUCGGAGCUGUAG